AUGACUGAAAAUAUUUCAACUGAUGAGGUGGUGGUCCUAUGUGAUGAAAGUAUUAAUUUAAAUGUUAUGCAUCAAACACAAUCUGUUCAGCCAAAGGUUACAAAAGAAAGAAAGAAAAGGUCUCGAGCAUGGGAUCAUUUUGGAUCAUUUGUUGAUGAAGAAGAAAAUAAGAAAUCAAAGUGUAAGCAUUGCGGUCAAGAUUAUUUUGCUGAUUCAGUUAAAAAUGGUACAAAGGCUAUGCUUACUCAUAUGUUAACAUGUACAAAGAUGCCUAAAAGUGUUGAUAAAAGUCAAACUCAAAUAGGCUUUCAAUCUGUUCAGGGAGGGAAUACAAGUGAUGUGGUUGUUGUUUCCUGGAAAUUUGAGCAAGAACAAUGUAGGAGAGCUUUAUGCCGCAUGGUAAUUGUGGAUGAACUACCUUUCAAGUUUGUCGAGAAGGAAGGUUUUAGAAACUUUAUGAAAGUAGCGCAACCUCGUUUUAAGAUUCCUUCUCGUACCACUGUGACACGUGAUUGUUUUAAACUUUUUGAUGAAGAGAAGCAAAAGUUGAAAAGAUUUUUCGGAGAAGCACGACAAAGAGUAUGUCUGACAACUGAUACUUGGACCUCUUUGCAACGGAUUAAUUAUAUGUGUAUCACUGCACAUUGGAUCGAUAAUGAGUGGAUUAUGCAUAAGAGGAUAAUCAACUUCUGUCCAAUUUCCAGCCAUAAAGGUGAAGAUAUGGCUAAUGAAAUUAUGAAGUGUUUGCGUGAUUGGGGCUUAGAUAAAAUAUUUACCAUCACAGUCGAUAAUGUUAGUUCAAAUGACGUGACUGUGAAAGAGUUGCCUAAGAUAUUCACCAAACGGGGGAUCAAUUUCAUGAAUGGAGAACACCUUCAUGUGAGGUGUAUGGCGCAUAUUCUAAAUCUUGUUGUUCAAGAUGGUUUGAAGGUGUCUGCUGUGUCUAUUGAACGGGUUAGAAAAGCAGUUAAAUACAUAAGGCUGUCUCCUGCGAGGUGUAAGAGGUUCCAAGAAUGUUGUGAAGAUGUUGAUAUUAAUUGUAAAAAAUCUUUAUGUUUAGAUGUUUCUACGAGAUGGAACUCCACAUACUUGAUGUUAAAUAGGGCUAUUGAGUUUGAAAAUGUGUUUUCCAGUUAUGUUGCUCGUGAUAUUGGCUUGUUACAUUACCUUCAGUUUGUUAAGGAUGAAGAUGGAAAGGAUGAACAUAGAAGCGUUGUUGGUGCCCUUUUGAGUGAUGAUUGGGACAAUGUAAGAAAAAUUGCUAAUUUUCUUCAAAUUUUUUAUGAUCUUACCAGAGAAGUAUCUGGAUCACACUACGUCACAGCAAACUCACAUUUUCUUAAAAUUUGUGAGGUUUCUUGUUAUUUGAAACAAUUGAUAUCGAGUGAAGAAGAUAAAGAUGAUCUUUUGGGUAAAAUUGCUUCGAAUAUGAGAGAAAAAUUUGAUAAGUAUUGGGGUACUCCAAAGAAGAUGAACAAGAUGAUUUUUAUUUCUUGCGUUUUGGAUCCUCGUCACAAGUUUGUUUCAGUUGGCUUUGCACUUCAAAUGAUGUUUGGGAAAGAAGGUCCAAUUUUAGAGAAUGGAGUUAGAGACUACAUGGAUUUGUUGUUUGGUGAAUAUGUAAAGUCCCUUUCUAAAGAUAAAGGCAGUCAACACUCUUCAUCUUUAUCUAGUUCUUCAUUUGAAAAUUCUAGUUCACUGCUUUCAAGUUCAGGUAGUAGUGUCCAAUCGAUAGGAUGUUUAGGGACAUUCAUGGGUGAUCUAAUGAAACAUAAAGCUGAAAAUACAACAACUGUCAAAACAGAAUUGCAAAAAUAUCUUGCUGAAGAAAAUGAAGUUGAAAGCAAGAACUUCAACAUCUUGUCUUGGUGGAAAAUAAACUCACCUAGAUUUCCCGUUCUUGCUGAGAUGGCUCGGGAUGUGUUAGCAAUUCCUAUUUCAAGUGUGGCAUCCGAGUGUGCGUUUAGUACUGGUGGGCUUAUCUUGGAUUCAUUUAGGAGUUCAUUAACUCCUAAAUUGUUUGGUGCUGAUUUUUUGUGGUUGGUGCUGCUGUUUGUGCAGCAGUUUGGUGACGUUUUUGGAGCUGUAUGUGCAGCAGUUUGUUUUCUGCUGGAUUUUUUUGGGUGUUCUGGUGCUGCAAGUGGAUGGAAACCAAACUUGACAAAAGAUGGAUAG